CUCUCUUCUUCUUCAGCAGCACACGUGCUAGCUGUUGCGCUUUGUUUUUUUUUCGCAAAUUAUACGCCGUAAUUUGCGAAAAUGCGCAUUGAAACGUGUUAUUUUUGCUCCAGCAAGAUAUACCCAGGCCACGGGGUGAACUUUGUGCGAAAUGACUGCAAGAUCUUCAAAUUCUGUCGCGGCAAGUGCCACAAGGCCUUCAAGCGGAAGAAGAACCCCCGCAAGGUCGGCUGGACGAAGGCGCACCGCAAGGCCGCCGGCAAGGAGCUGGCCAUCGAUCCCAGCUUCGAGUUCGAGAAGCGCCGCAACGUGCCCAUCAAAUACAGCCGCGAGACCUGGCAGAAGGCUCUGGAGGCCAUCAAGCGGGUGACGGAGAUCAAGGAGAAGCGCACCAGCCAGUUCGUGAUGGAGCGCCUGCGCAAGGGUCGCCAGAUCGAGAUCCAGAUGGACGUCAAGGAUGUGCAGCGCAACAUGUCCCUGAUCCGCUCUCCAGCCGCUGGGCUCAGGGAGCGCCGUGCCAAGGAGGCGGCGGAGGAGGCCGCCCUCAUGGAGGAGGACCUGCCCGAGGAGAAGAUCACCUACGUGGAUGCGCGCGAGCUCGAGAAGAAGCUCGAGGAGGGCAUGGGAAUCGAGGAUCUGGAGAUGUUAGAAGCCUAAGGACUAGUACGCUGAUUUUUGUAGGUUUAAGUUGCUGCUAAAAAAAAUAACACUUAAUAAAAACCCCGUGGUACAUAAA